GAAGCACAAGGGCACACUUUCUCUUUUUUCUUCCUCUUAUUAGGAUAGCCAGAACCCUCACUCUCAACUCACACGGAGAUUCCGAAGACUACAGAUUCACAAAACUAGAUCAACAUGUGCCCUACCAAGCAAAAACACCGGACUUCCGCCCCUGAAUCUACCACCUCCAGGUCCAAUUCCAGCGUCCCUACCACCAUCACAACCUCCUCAUCCACUGCUUGGAUUUCCGAGGCAAUCGACGGUGGAUCCCUGCGCCGCGUUAACCUCGACGAUGGAACCAACGGCUGGGCUUCGCCUCCAGGCGACCUUUUCUAUUUGCGAGCUAAAAACUAUUUUACUAAACGACAGAAAUCCCCCUCCGGCGAUUAUUUACUCUCCCCUGCCGGCAUGGACUGGCUCAAGUCCACCACUAAGCUCGAUAACGUACUCGCUCGCCCUGACAACCGUGUGUCCAUGGCUCUCAGGAAGGCUCAUUCACAAGGAACUUCCUUGAAAAGUUUCAUCUUCGCCGUUAACCUCCAAGUUCCCGGUAAGGACCAUCACAGUGCUGUGUUUUACUUCGCAACAGAGGAUCCUAUCCCUCCCGGUUCGCUAUUAUAUCGGUUCAUCAACGGAGAUGACUCUUUUAGGAACCAGCGGUUCAAGAUCGUGAACCGGAUCGUGAAAGGACCGUGGAUCGUGAAGAAAGCUGUGGGAAAUUAUAGUGCGUGUUUAUUAGGUAAAGCCUUAACCUGUAAUUAUCAUAGAGGAGCCAAUUAUUUGGAGAUUGAUGUGGAUAUAGCGAGCUCGAAGAUCGCCACUGCUAUUUUGCACCUUGCAUUGGGAUACGUGACAAGCGUUACUAUUGAUAUGGGGUUUGUGGUGGAGGCGCAAGCGGAGGAUGAGUUGCCUGAGAAACUAAUCGGUGCUAUUAGGGUUUGCCAAAUGGAGAUGUCAUCAGCGACUGUAGUUGAGACGCCAAACGCGGCGGCGGCGCGUGGGAUAGGUUUUGCGAAGGUUAAACAUCACGAGUCCGGCGAAGACGACGAUGAUGAACAAUAAUGGGAACACGUGUUGUUGUUUUGUUAAUGAUUUUAAUUUUAGUUUAUGUUGUUAACCUGCUCUGGGAGUUGGAAAUUGGAAGCCCUUUUUUACGGGGAUUGAUGGAUGUAGAUAAUAAAUUGGUGACAAAUAACGAUUCGGAUUUUAACUCCAUUUUUUGUUUGCUUUUAUGUUUCAAUGAAAAGAAACUUUCUUCGUGA